AUGUCUGGUUCUUUUUGGAAGUUCGGUCAGGAUUACUCGAUAGAGUCACCAGUUACUAAGAUUCUAAAUAGUGCCUUUAUUAAAAUCGAUAAUGAUCAAGAUGGAGGCGUACCUACUGGUACGGGUGAAGAGGGUGUUAGUGACAAUAAACAUGAAUCUUCACAUGGUGGUGUGAUCUGUGAAGAUAGUAUCACUAACGAAAACGAAGAAAAGGAAGAAGAGAGUUCUUUACCUACGACUGAGUCGGAAUAUGAAAAUUACAGACCAAAUUUGGAGGUCUUAGAUGAUUUACUGGAUGAUGAUGAGUUGUACACGGAACUGAUGUGUUCUAAUUUCAAACUACUAAUAUUUUUGAAGUAUCCUGAAGUUCUAUCAAAAUUGAUAGAAUAUGUUACUAACGAGAAGGUUCUCGACGACGGACUAGAUAGUGCUGGGAAACCUGAAAUUAUUGAAGGUGUCAACGAUCAACUUAUUUUGAGGAAGCGAGAUGAAUGGAAUGAAAAAGAUGAUGUCGGAGAAAAAGAACCAGAGGAAGUCGUAAAUGAUGGUAAUCAUGACUCUGAGGAUGAAAGGAGUGUUGAUUCUGAAGAGACAAGUAUUACUUUGCCUCCGGAAUCUGAGGAACAGGUAGAGACCAGAAGAGCUAGAAUAGCAGCAGAGAUCUUAUCUGCUGAUGUAUGGCCUAUAUCUGCAGCAAUAAUGCGAAAUAAACACCUUCUUAGUAGAUUGUGGUCAAUACUAGAUUAUCCAUCUCCCCUACCGAUCCCAGCUUCUACUUACUUCAUGAAAAUAAAUGAGAGACUUCUCGAUAUGGAUAUAACGGGAAUGUUGGAGUUUAUAUUAAGCCGAGACAGUUUGGUCGCAAGAUUCUUGACACACGUCGACAAUCCAUCAUUGAUGGACUUUCUUCUGAAAGUUGUCUCGACGGAUAAACCAGACUCUCCUACAGGAGUCAUAAAAAUACUAAAAUCACAGGAAUUAAUACCUAAACUUUUAGAUCACCUUAACCCAGAACAUGGUAUUUCUACACAAUCUGCAGCAGGUGAUUUUAUCAAAGCAUUUGUCACAUUGAGCACCAACUCGAGUAAUGAGCUUGCUUCAGGAAUAGGUCCUAAUGAAUUGACAAGACAAUUGGUAUCGGAAGAAAUGGUAGAAAAGUUGAUCAAGAUAAUGUUGAAAGGUGGUACAUGUCUAAGUAAUGGUGUCGGGAUCAUAAUAGAGUUAAUCAGAAAAAACAACUCAGAUUACGAUUUCAUUCAAUUGGUAUAUACUACCCUAGAAAGUCACCCUCCCAGUGAUCGAGAUCCAAUUCACUUGAUACAUUUGAUCAAAUUGUUUGCGAAGUAUAUGCCGGACUUUGCUAAGAUGUUGAAGGAGACCAAGUUGCCAUCAAUGAAAAUGCCAUUUGGAGAUAUAGAACCACUGGGUUUUGAGAGGUUUAAAAUCUGUGAGCUUAUUGCUGAGCUCUUGCACUGUUCUAAUAUGACACUGUUAAAUGAGCCUAAUGGCGAGUCGACUGCAGAAGAACGCGAUACGGAAAGAGCCAGAUAUUUGGAAACUUUGGUUGAAAAGGAAAAAAAUACAGCAAUAGCUACUACUGACGCAACAUAUUUCGAUAAUAAUCACGGACAAGAGAAGGAGGUCACGGAAAAACUGAGUACUCUUCAAAUCAAUAAUCGAGAUGAUGAUGAAUUGAAUGAUACUGAAGUAGUAGACGAGAAAUCAGAAGAGAAUUCAGAAGCAAAGAUAGGGGAAGGGCUAGAAAAUGAUACUUCCGGGGUUGAAUUGUACGAUGAAACCUUAUCUGACACUGAAUCGGUGAGAGAAUGUUUGAGAGAAAAACCGCUCGUAGGAGACAGAUUGAAAAUUGCUCUAGAAGAUACGAAAAUAUUGAUUAAUAUUCUCGAUAUGUUCACAGAGUUUCCUUGGAAUAACUUUUUGCAUAAUGUCAUUUUUGACAUUGCUCAACAAAUAUUCAACGGUCCUCUCAAAACUGGUUAUAAUAGGUUUCUUUUGAAAGAUUAUUUGGUUGAUGCAUACCUAACUAGAAAGAUAGUAGAUGCUGACAAGGCAUGUCAAGACCAUGAAGAGAAGACAGGAUUACGCUAUGGAUAUAUGGGUCAUCUGACAUUGAUCGCCGAAGAGAUAUCGAAGUUUAAAGAAUAUAUUGAUGAAAUGAAGCUAACAUUUUGUAAUACGGCCGUUUCGGAACGACUUGAGGAGCCCUUUUGGAAAGAAUAUACUGAAACUAUCUUAGCUGAUACAAGAGAAAAAUAUAAUACCGUUUUGGGAGAUUUUGGCAAUGAACAAGAAAGCGAUGACGAUGAUGUCAUUAGAAACUCUGAUUCUGAAGACAUAAUUGGUGAUGCAGAGGAUAGCGAGAGCUAUGGAAAUAGGGGAAAUAAUGAACUUCUUAAUGAUGGACAUGAUAUUGGGAACAUGGACUUAUAUUACAAUUUCAACAACGAUGAGAAUAAUGAAAAUGAAGAAGAUUACGCAGAGUAUAGUGAUGUGGACAAUAAAAACUACUAUAACGAUGUCGGUACUAAUGACGAAGAUUAUAAUAGCUAUGAUAAUAAAUCCGAAAAUGUCGAGUCAGACUAUACGAAUAGAAUACUCUCACAUAGUGAUGAUUCUGAGGGUAGAAACAGCAAGAGUAUAUAUAGUGAGAAUAACGAUGAAAACAGGAGUGAUAAAUGGACAUCAGGUACCUCCUUGUUUCCCCCAGACCAUUUCCCUAGUAGACCGCAACCUUCAGAUCCUAAACUGCAAAACCAGAAUAUUUUCCAGCAUCAAUUUGACUUUGAUGGCGUUAAUGAUGAUGACGAUUAUAUGGAUCCUAAUGAUGAUGGUCAAUCAUAUGCCAGGCCCGGUAACCCGUUAUAUACUACUCCAAAAACGCCACCAAGACCAAAGACUAUACUUUUCAAUUCCUUAUCUGCGUUGGGUGAUAACGAAGAAAAUGAAGAAAGGACACCAAACACUAGUGCUGAUGAUCGAAUAGAUAACGAGAUAUCAAGCGAUGAAGAAGACUCCGAAGAGGAAGAUGAAGAUAAUGAUAUGGCCAAUGAUGAGGGAUAUUCGCUAUAUAGGUCAAGGAGUAAAGAAACAUUCUGA